AAUGUAGAAGUAGCUCCGGUCAUUUCAGUAACAAGUUCUGUUCUUUGGCUGUCGUGUUCUUUUGUCUCAGGGAGAAGCGCGAAGAGAUUAAAAGAUUAGACCUUUUCGCCUUCAUGGAUUCGAAGUUGAGGAAUUUCGUGAUGGGUCUGUUUGUGAUGACUGCGAUCUUGAAAGGUUCUGGUGUCGACGCGUGGACUGGUGAGAUUCGUGGUAGAGUUGUGUGUGAUGUCUGUGCUGAUUCUUCAAUUGGACCAGAAGAUCAUGUUCUUGAAGGAGCUGAGGUUGCGGUUCUGUGCAUAACCAAAUCUGGUGAAGUUGUGAACUACCAAGCUUUCACAAACUCAAAAGGUGUCUACACAGUUGCAGAGACAAUGCCAGAGAGUGAACGUUGGGACGCUUGCCUUGCAAGACCCAUCAGCAGCUUCCACACGCCUUGCAACCGCCUACACCAAGCCAAUACCGGACUCAAAUUCACUUAUAACCACCCUUCCGGGUUCUUUCAUGCCGAUGAUACAUUGGUUGAAGCAGCUGCGAUCGGCGUUUGGCGUCGCGUUUCUGUGGCUCGUUUGUCUCAUUUACUUCACUCAGCUGUUUCGUACCAGCUCAAAGACAGGCUGCAAUUAUCACCAUCAGCUUCUCAGUUUGUCUUUUCGGUUGCCUUUUUUCCAUGGAGCAUAAAACCAUUAUAUGGAAUCAUAUCAGAUUGUAUACCAAUUGGAGGGAAAAAGAGGACGCCGUAUUUGGUGUUAUCGACUGUGCUCUCUCUUGUGCCAUGGCUCUUGCUUGGUCUUGAUUCAACCUCGCGAAGUUCAAGUCUCUAUCUGAUGAUUUUCUUGACUGUACAAAAUCUGGGAUCAGCUAUGGCUGAUGUUGUGAUAGAUGCUAUGAUAGCUGAGGCAGUAAGACUUGAAAAGGCCUCGUUUGCUGGAGAUCUUCAGUCUGUGUCAUGGUUUGCAAUGGCUGUGGGCGGAGUAUGCGGUAGUUUAUUAGGAGGUUAUGCAUUAUCCAACUUGAAGAUAGAAACAAUAUUCCUUCUUUUCACGGUACUACCGGCGCUACAAUUACUGUCAUGUACUCUGGUUGAAGAAAUUCCUGCUAACGAUGAACCAUUGCCUGAGUUGUUGGAUUCGAACGGGUUUGAAGAGAAAAGCAAGUUGAGCAAUGAUAACUAUCGAGAUAUGAAUAAGUCUAGUACAAGAAGAAGGAAGGGGCAGAAGAAAGGUAAAAAAGGAGCUUCCAAUGGAAAGUCUGAGACACAGAAGAAGCAAUCAAAGUCUUUAGCUUCACAGUGGUUCCAGUCACUGAAAGCAGCCACUUUUGGUUUGGGCCGUGCGUUCAAGCAACCAAUAAUUCUGAGACCAAUGGCGUGGUUUUUCAUUGCGCAUAUAACUGUGCCAAAUCUCUCUACGGUCAUGUUCUAUUACCAAACCGAGGUCUUGCAAUUGGACGCUGCUUUCCUAGGAACUGCCCGUGUUGUUGGUUGGUUAGGUCUCAUGUUUGGAACCUUUAUCUACAAUCGCUAUCUGCAAGAUAUGACUCUACGCAAGUCUCUCUUGUUUGCUCACAUCGGGCUGUCUAUCACAAUACUCCUGGAUAUGGUUCUAGUAUCAAGAGCAAAUGUGGGCUACGGAGUUUCAGACAAGACAAUGGUGCUCUUCGGAUCAGCUCUAGGUGAUGCCAUCAAUCAACUCAAAUUCAUGCCGUUCCUGAUCUUGUCUGGUCGUCUAUGUCCACCUGGGAUUGAAGGAACACUCUUUGCGCUGUUUAUGUCGAUAAACAACCUAGGAAACACAGUUGGGUCGUUCAUGGGAGCAGGAUUGGCUUCACUUCUGGGAAUAUCUUCAGGAUCCUUUGAGAAUAUGUUUAUGGGUUUAGCCAUUCAAGUGUUUUGCACUUAUAUACCUGUUUUGUUUCUUUUCUUGAUUCCCAAAGAAGCUACAGGAGUAUCAGCAUCAUAGAGCAGAGAGAGCAAAGCUAGUUUCUCAUAGAAAAAGUUUUAGAUCAGAGUUUUUGGAUUCUAUUUUUUUGGCAGUUUUUAACUUUCUCAAAGGCUUGGAAUUGGCACAUUAUACAGAGUGGAGACUUGUUAUAUACUAAUACUAGAAUAUACAGCCUCAUUUUUU